AUGGAAGAUCGCAAAGUUGAAACAAAGAAGAAGAUGCAUAAUAUUUAUAAGCCCAUUGUUUGGGACACUGGUAGCUCUCUAUACGAUUCAUUUGAACUCAAAUCAUUUCAAGACACUUUGAAAUCCGCCAUAGCCUCAAGAACCCUCUCCAUGCCUCACUUGUCCGAUCGUCGUCGACAAACGCAGCCGCCACCUCCUGCAGCCAAAAAGUCUUCCAAAUUAUUCAUCAACCCUUUUCAGAAGCUUCUUCGGAUGCUUUUCCGGUCAAGACAUCGUCAACAUCAUGAGAUUAAUAAUAAAACAAUUAGUAGUACUGAUUCUCGGUUUAAGAUGCAAGACGAGAUUUACAAGUCCGGAGGAUCUGAUCUUUCUUCUUUAUCUUCUUCUUCUACGAGGUCUAGUGUUUUUUCCCAGGAUCAGACGUCGGCGGCGGCAGGUCAUUUUGUCGGCAGAAACGGCUUCUCGCCGGAGAUGUCGUCGUUGGUGGGGCGUCGACGGUCUGUAUCGGAGCGGUUUACUGAACCCGCUCCGCUCGAUAUUUCAUGUGCUUAA